AUGGGGAUAGUUAACCGUGGAUUCAGUUUGCUGGAAGCAGAAACUUUGACCCGGUCUGCAAGCUCAGUGUCCCAAUACUUACGAUAUCAGCACAAAUACAAACUCAAGGCUCUAUCUUCGCUGCCAAUUGUGCUCCAGCCUGAACUACCAAUAACUGUAAUCAGCGCUGAUGACGCAGAAGAAGAGUUGUUGUUGUUUGAUGAUAAUAAUCAAGCCCCUUUGAUAAACUUGAUCCCGGCGACUCCAUCCGAUGUGGUGGAGGAUGACCAGUUCUUUGAUGUAUCAUUGGAAGACAUUGAGAUUUCUGACCAAGAGGAUUGUCGCGAAGAAGAGGGGAAAGUCGUUGAAUCGAAAGAAGGAUGCAUAGUGACACAGAAUGAGGACGAUGAGGUUAUAGUGGAAAAGUUGGUUGAAGAGAUGGAGCCGUUGGAGAAUGGAGAAGAGGAGGUUCUUGAGGCCAAAGAGGAAGCCAAGAAGCCAAAACCCAGGUUUCUGCGGAGUGGAUAUUUUGUGACUCAACUCCCCAUAUUCACACAGACCAAUGACCUGAGACAAACUGAUCUGGGAAGUUCUGAAAUGCUGAAGUCUGAAUUUAGCAAAGUUCUUCAAAGUUCCAAGAUGGAUGCAUUCACUCAACCUCGGAGGCCGAUCACUCGCUCUCGCAGCUUUGGGGAUAUGUUGUGCAAGAGCCCCAGUCUCCAAAUGUUUGCACAGAUCAUAGAGAAACCUCGUGAGCUCAAGUCGCCACGCCAACGCCGAGUUACUGUGGGCGAAGCAGGCGAAAACUAUGGAUUUCCUUUGGUCUCCACGUCCUAUCUGCCCCUGAGCGCCCUGAAUGGAAACUACAGCGAGAAGAACAUGAAGAUAAGUGUGGCCAAAACUCUGCGGGAGAUGAACACCGAGGAAGUCUGCCAGUGGUUCACCAGCAUCGGACUGCAGAAAUGCCUCCCUUUAAUCAGAGAUGCUCAGCUGAGUGGAGAGGACCUGGCUUCAAUCAGCAUGAACAUUCUGGAGUCACUGCAGAUCACCACGAUGGAGGACAGGGAGCACCUACUGUCGGCCAUCUUCAACGAGCUCGACAAUCCCAGCGACAUCAGCCAAAAGAUCAACAGCGCGUUUGAGCCCUUAGGGUCCAACAAUGGCCCUCUGCACUCUGCUUCUUUUCCUUCAAUGAGCAAAUCAACCUCGUCACCCCAUCUGAGCUGUCUGACCAGGAACCGCCGAUCUCUGAAGCUAAAAAACAACGCUCAAACUUUAGCAGUGCAAAGAAACACGCAGUUCAUAGAGAUCGCCAUAAAUGUUUCACAGCAGAUAGUUCACCUGAGAACGCCAAAGGAAACCACUGUGGGAAAAAUUGUGGACUCGUGUCUCAAGAUGGUGGGAAUGAAGGAGAAUAGGAGCCUGUUUAGCAUCAAACAAACUGAAGGUUCGUCUGAAGAGCUGUGUCCAGAUCGUCAGGUUGGAAGUCUCCCGGGAGCAGACAACAAGCAACUGGAGCUGCAUUUGUGUAAACUGGACAAACCCAGAGUCCCUCCCAGACAUCCACCUGAACCAAGCAGCAUGAACGGCCACCAACAAGUCACCAAACCACUACCAGUCCCACCAGAGAAAGACCCAAGAAUCAAGGAGCUAAAUCAACAAGUGGACUCACUACAAAAUAUCAUUCUGCAGGUCCAGGAGCUGCACCAGGGUCUUGUGGCGUUCUGCUCGGAGCUAAAGAGGAUGGAGAGGCCGGUGGAUGUGGAGAGGCUGGGGUCUGCAGAGCUCAAACAGCAGCUGGAGCUGAUCCAAGGACGACUGCACGACAAACGUCUGGCUCUGCAGACGCUUCGGGACAAUAUGAGCACCAACGGCUUCAAGAAGAAACAGCUGGAGGUCCGCCUUUUGGAAAAGAUUAAGCUCAACUGUGAAGUGUUCAAGGAGGAGAUUUCCAUUGUGCAUCUGAACAGACAGCUGGCUCAUCUCCAGGCAGCGCUGCAGGAGACUCUAAUUAAGGAGAAGAAGCCGAAGAAGCCGAUCCGCUGCUUGAGUCAGCUGGUGUCCCCUCAGAGUCCGGCCAUGUUGCUGGUGAUGCAGGAGAGCCGGGAGCCGGGCGGACACUACAGCUUCACCUGUCGUUUUGUGGAGGGCAGUGGGCUGGUGGUUGUGCAGGUGGGCAACACUCGCCUCUGCGUCGAUGACAGGUUGGUGGAGGUCAAUGGAUUCCCGGUGGUGAACUCCACGGAGGCAGAGCUAACCGAGCUGCUGUACCGCGAACAUAGCGCUCAGAUUGUGGUCCUCCGCCGGCCGCUCUCCUCCCAUCAACCACCUCUGCCCCCAGCUUUUAACCCACGCGACCCGAUGCCAACAGACUGUCCCGAGAUGGACGUGGUCACCAUGGAGACGCCCCAGCGGAGAAGGGUGAUCGCGGUGUGA